UGUUUGUUCCCCCGUUGUCUGGAGUUGUUAAAAUGUUUACUGAGUGAAGUGAUUUCAGGUAUGAUAUAUGUCCAUAAUGAAUAUCACUGGCAAAAGUAUCACAUGAUAAUAAAAUCCAAUCAAUCAAUCAAUCGGUCGAUAUAGUUUAACGUUCAUGAGAAUUUAAAGUAUUCGUUUCAAAAUCAAUGGAAAAGUGUGUUUUCUGUGGUUGGUAUCGACGUACCAAUGGUCCAGUAUUGAGAUUUUACGGAAUCCCACGUGAACCAGGCUUAAAACGUGUAAAAUGGUUAUGCGCUAUUGGUGAUCGAGAAUUAUCACCCAAAGAUAAAGUAUGCAGUGUACAUUUUCGACAGGGUCGACCAUCCAGCGAUCCAUCACAUGAAGAUUUUGCUCCUCAUUUAUUUCUACAACGUUCGAUGUCACAGCCUGUUACCAAGACAUUAACAUAUCUUGAAAGUCUUGCUAAUGAUGAUGAAAUCGAUGAAAUGCCCUCUGUAUCACGGCCGGAGCGUUCUGAACGUUUGCAUGUAUGUAAACCAUCAAUUUUGCGAAAACGACGGAAGAUUACAUCCUCUUCAGAUGAAUCCAAGAAAACCUAUCAAAGUACUGCUGAAAAUCCGCAAGAUUGUGUGUCGGAAAAAACUUUGUCAUCGGAGACCCAAGAAGUGGAGAAAAGGCCAUCAAAAGAUGAUAUGCCGAAUAUUGUGAUGUUCACGAAUCCUUUGACUGGUAUGAAAAAACGUAUGAAGUUGCAACAUUUACCUCGACCGUUUGUAGAAGCAGUAGGUAUUAAGCCAGGUCAAACUGUGAUUAUCAAACGUCGGAUACGAGUGGCUAAAUCAGCACGAAAUGAGGCAGAAGAAUCCGACACUAUGGAAAAUGUGCUGGAAAAAGAGGAAAACCUUUUGGAGAAUGCAGCAAGCAUAUGUUAAAAUUUAUCGCUGAAAAGCAGUGGGUGCCAUUCUUUGGUAAUGUAUUUCACUCUAUAAUGAAUCAUACAAUCUCUUGGAAAAUUUUUGAAAUCUAAACAACUUUUAGCUCUUGUAAUUGAGCAGUGCAGUAGUUGGGGUUUGAAGGGAGAGC